AAGCGAAGAGAAGCCCACUUCACUUGGAAGAGUAGAUCUCGUCGUAUUUGCUGAAAAUGGUUUCCCAUGGCAUCCCUUUCCUUGUGGCCGUCUUGUGCCUGCUGGUCCCUCUUCCAGGUGGCCAAGCUGCAGCCGGUGUUGGCGGCCUUGGCAUUCUUGACGGGGGUCUGGGCGGUCUUUUAGGCGGUCUUGGCGAUCUUGGUGGUCUUACAAACGGCCUUGGCGGUCUUGUAGGCGGUCUUACAGGCGGUAUUGGCCGUGUUGUGGGCGGUGUUGCAGGCCUUGGAGUCGGUCUUGUAGCCAGGCUUCUAGCCGAUGUUGCAGCCGUUGUUGAAGCCCAACUUGCAGUCGCUCUUGCAGGUGGUGUUACAGGCGGUGCUGCAGCCGAUAUUGCAGCCGGUGUUGCAGCUAAUGUUGCAGCCGUUGUUGCGGUCGAUCUUGGAGUCGGUGUUGGAGUCGAUAUUGUAGCCGAUAUUACAGCCGAUGUUGCAGCCAUUGUUGAAGCCGAUCUUGCAGCUGGUGUUGAGGUUGGUGCUGCAGCCGAUGUUGCAGCCCGUAUUGCAGCUGAUGUUGCAGCCGCUGUUGCAGCCAAACUUGCAAAGGGUGAUUAAGGUGGUGACGCCUGAUGACAGCUGCGAAUGGCGAUGAUAAUCUAAUAGCUCAGAUUCCCCGUUAUCCAGGUCACCCGACUGCUAUGACUAACCGAUGACGAUUUCCUGCUCCACCAUUUUAUUAUGAAAUAUCCUCUCACAGAUCCGUUCUUUUUGCACACAUGUAUACCGGUAUAUAACCCUACUCUUAUCAUAUGCUUACUAUGAUCCUGAUAUUUUGUGGAACCCUUCUCUCAAUAAAGUCUCGUUGC